AGGCAGAGAAGAAGUCAUCAGUCACCAGGUUCUCGUAUCAACGACUCGGUUGCAGCUCCUCGUUGCUUAUAAAGCGCUGUGUUCAGUACUUGACAACCACAACCACACACACACACACACACACACACAACACACAUGCACACACGCUCAUAACUCCCCACCAGAACUCCGACAUUUUCGGAACUUUUUAGCACAAGACAAAUACUUGUAUAAGCUAUUUCGCUCACUACUUCAACAUUGUCGCCUUCCUCCCCCCUGUCGGUUCCCCGAUUGCAUAUCUCCGGUACGAUGAGCAGCAAACAUGCGCCUGGCACGACUCCGGCCAACCUAAACAAGCCCAGUAUCGCCAACUUGCCAUACGAGCUCCAAGUCGCCAUUUUCGAGGCAGCUGUGGAGCGCCAGAUUUUUUUUGUCGAGAUCUCCAACGAUGUGCUGAGAUUCUCUAGCCCGUCAGGCAGAGCCAUCGGCCUCGCCUGCCAGCUCUCACGGGAGAUCUACCUCAAGGGCAAGGUGCUCAAGAUGUUUGGCAACAAGCCCCAUUGGCUCGACCCCGAUCGCGACAUCUUCUACCUGUGCAAGGACGAUCCGGUUCCCCGCACGAACCGGCCGACAGACUUUGAGUCCAGCGUGCUCAAGGGCGACGCCUUCGACGAGCGCGUGGUGCGCAAUGUCGCCGUCGACCUGGGGUAUCUGGGCGAGCACCCGCGACACGACGCCAUGGUCCGCAUCUGGCACCUCUUCCCCAGCUUGCGGACGCUGCAUAUCCUGGCCCCCAAGGGCCCGCCCCACACGCCGCCCCUGCUCGCCACCCCCGAGACGCUCGUGCUGUCCGACAUACCGAGCAACCAGGUCGUGGCCGCCCCGCAUCAGGAUAGGGAGCUCUGGCUCGCCGUGCGCUACCAGGUCAAGAAGGUCUGCGCCCGCAUCCUGACGACCGAGAACGGCUGGCAAGGCCGCUACUAUCCCGAGGUCGUCGGCCACUUGACCAGCCUGUGGGUCGCGCAGCCGGAACCGGAGCCGGAGACGGAGACGGAGACGGAGCCGGCCCUGCAGACGGAGAUGCGGAUCGAAACGCAAGGGGAGACGGAGACACAGACAAUCUGAACACUGUUUUACGAAAAGCGAUAGAAGGGGGUACUAUCGCGUGUUCCUCUCUUGUGUUCCUCUCUCUGGGCUGAUAAGCGGCUGGGAGGCGCGAGGCCAUUGGGAAAUUUUGCGUUUGUCAACGCGAUGUACUGUGGAUCUCCUAUGGGGAAAGGAAC